UAAGUACAAGUUAAUUAAAUAGGGGUGAUCAAAUAGGACAUGUAGAAUUUUUACCACAAGUAAUGCAAGUCGGAUGAGUCUUGAGUUAUCGGUCCCGAGAGGUGGUUAUAUAGCACAAGUUACGCAACAUGGAGAAAAAGAACCAGACUCCACACGAACAAACAAACUAGGUACGUAGCAGUAGACGCAACCUGUAUCCUCUAUGUCCAUGCCAAAAGGAAUUUUAAUAUGACGUUCUACUUUCAUAAAGGACCAUAUAAAAUGCAACAGAAUCCUUAGUCUGACGUUUCUUAUCACAUGUUCAAUGUGUCCCCCUAAACUACCUUCCAAUUUUAACCAAACAAGAACCACACAUAUAUACACACAAAAAACAUAACAGCAAGAAGCCCCAUGCACGUAUUUAUCAAUGGCUGAACCAUCUUUAUCACAACGGUUGCCACCUCCACCUGUGCCGACGUCUUUGCCAUCCCCACCACAACAACCGCCUCCAGCGGCUAGGCCAAAUGUCGUCGGCGAAACGGCUCAUCCAAUACACAAAACCUUAGACACUGCAGCCAACAUAGCAAACCUUCUACCCACCGGAACAGUCCUAGCAUUUCGUAUGCUAAUUCCUUCAUUUUCCAAUAAGGGCGUCUGCCAAUUCUCCAACAAGUUGUUGACUGCAACCGUCAUCGGGUUCUGCUCCGCCGCAUGUUUCUUCUCUUCUUUCACCGACAGCUGCGUCCUUAGCUCCGACGGGAAGUCGUCGUUUUACGGUAUAGCCACCACCAGAGGGAUACACUUAUUUAACUGCGAUAAUGAUCCCGAGAAAUUGGAAGGAAUAAACAUGAGGAAAUACAAGCUCAAGUGCCUAGAUUUCGUACACGCAUUUGUUUCUCUAUUGGUGUUCUUGGUCUUUGCAUUUUGUGAUUCUGACGUGCAAACUUGUUUCUUUAGGCCAGGAUCCAACGUAAAUGCCUUGGUAAUGAACCUGCCCUUAGCAGCUGG